AUGCCUACUCUCACCCCUUUGGAUGCUGUGUGUCGUCUUAGUCCUCUGGUUAUCAGAGUUUUGGGUCAAAAUCCUGGACCUUUUACUCUACAAGGCACAAACACUUAUCUUGUUGGAGCGGGAAAAAGGAAAAUCCUGAUCGACACUGGUGAACCAAAUAUUCAACAAUAUAUCACUUUGCUGAAGUCUACUCUGGCGAAGGAAGAAAGCGAAAUCGAUUCGAUCAUCAUAACGCACUGGCACAACGAUCAUGUUGGUGGAAUUCAGAAUGUUUUGAGAGAAGUGAUUGGUCAUGAGGUUCCAAUUUACAAAAUUCAACGUGGAACUGGUGAAGAUCCCUCACAUUUCCAUUACGUACAGGAUGGUCAUGAGGUCCGCGUUGAUGGUGCAACAUUAAGGUUUGCGAAGACUCCUGGCCAUACAUGCGACCACGCCUCUUUGUGGCUAGAAGAGGAGCAGACGUUGUUCAGUGGCGAUUGCAUACUUGGAGAGGGUACCACGGUGUUUGAAGACCUUCAUGACUACAUGAAGAGCCUGGAAAAAAUCAAGGUUUUGCAUCCAAAUAGAAUAUAUCCAGGGCACGGUCCAGUAGUGGAAAAAUGUGUUGAAAAAGUGGACGAAUAUAUCGCACAUCGUAUGAAACGAGAGGAAGAAAUUGUCGCCGCUCUACAACAAUUUGGUGAAGCAACUAGUAUGGAUAUUACAAUUGCAGUUUAUUCCGGCACUCCACUUUCCGUACGCUUGGCCGCUCUGAAUAAUGUCAAGUUGCAUCUGAAUAAAUUAGAAAAGGAAAGGCGAGUAGAGAUAGCACCUUCUGGAAUGUACUGCCUAACCCGCCAGUAA